AUCUAGUGUUUUAUCAAUGGAUGGGUGGUAAUUUUAAGUUGGUACGGAAAAUCUACUAAACGCAGAGAUCUGAAAUUUUACAGCAAUAAAGAAGACAUGUCGUUGUCACAACCCAUGUUAUUAUGGUCCGCCAUUGGUCGCAGCCAGAGACCGGUUUCGGUUCAUAAUCGGUGGGCUAUUUACGGUCGGUAGUAGCCUGAUCGGCCGGGUUUUCUGCGAAAAGCGGUGUUACAGAAUAAAACUUGAGACAGUGCUAUUUAGGGCUUUUGCGUUGGGGACAUGUUGGGGACGUGUCCGUGACGAUUUACUAUUCCGUCACUGCACGAAGUUCAGCCGUCUGGUCAGGAGGACCAAGAAUCUCAACACUGUUCUGUUAACUAACUGUAAGACUGCUGUAUUGAUGCCGACGACAUGGCGUUUGCUUGCUGGAGUAUCGCGGGCCAACCUCGUCGCAAGGGUGUGUCUGAACGUCUACUUAACCUCACGGUUUUAUUUCGUGUCUUGAUAGUGACAUGGAGCGUUGAGCUGACGCUGUGUGAGACGAUACAGAGGAGGGCUGCUGUUGCCAUGUGUCCGCCAUCGCCUGAGGGUGAGCCAGUGACCAUUCACUGUUCUGGUGUCAGCAAGACCAUUGAUAGGCAGGUGUUUUGGGACAGACAUAAGGCAUCUACGAACGAUUACAACGAGUAUGAUGGUGACGAUGAAGAUGGUGGCAAUGAGGACUAUGGCGGAGACGAAAAUGGUGACAACGUCGAGGACUAUGAUGGUGAUGAAGUCGAAGGCAACAAGUACUCUGAGGGCGACGACAACUAUGAUACAGUGUCCUUCUGCGGGUUCUUUCCGGGCAGUUCCGUGUGCACUGACUACAUACCGUUAACGUCGGGGACCAGGAUGGCCACAGACCGAGACGGGCCUGGGUGGUUCAACGUCUCGCUCACGCUGUACUCACCCCAGGCCGCUGACCGGCACGACGUCCUCUUCUGCACGUUCCACGAAGAUGGCGUGAUGGAGGAACUGACCUCGUGCCGGCUCAACCUGUACCUUACGCCCGCCGAGCCUCACUGCUGGGCCGAGGUGGUCAAGGAUCAAGAUCGCUUGUCUGACGUCCCAGCCGAGGACAGGGAUGAAGGUCAGGCUUUGGGCGAGACGACGGCGCUGGUGCGGGUGACGUGCAUUACGUCACGGGUGUACCCCGAUGUUCGCUGUGAGAUGUUCCAGAGGCAGAACCAGGGAGAUGAGGAAAAGAUUCGGGCACCGGUUAUCAAGACACUCAGCGCGUCUCUCGAGGAACCACAAAACUUUCAGGCUGAGUGCCAUAGCGAAUUCCACGUAGAUGUGCCCGGACGAUACGAGUUUGGAGUGAAUAUGUUUCCCGUCCCAGAAGGUGGUCGGGCAGCAGGCAGGGAGAGCCUGCAACCUGCGAGGAGCAAGUAUUCAAAACCCGUGGACAUUUUCUUUUCAAGACUGACCAUCAAUCUGACACAGUCAGAACCUGUAAAUAUCUGCCCCCUUGACACGUCAGGAAGAACCAUUACUUUCACGUGUACAGCAGGGUGGUUCAAAACACAGCCUCAAUUUGAAUGGCGAGCUGCUGGAAUCAAACCGCGCACACAGUCGGUGAGGGAACUUGGAAACUUUACCUACCAGGGCACAGCCGAAUUCUUGCCUGAAGAACUGGCAUUAGUUGCUGACAUCUCGUGCUUUGUGCAAGAUGCGGACAUUUCCGGCCGUGACCACGUAAAGUCAGUGGAGGUGAAACGAGUAUCGCCUGGAGAACAGCCCUCCGAAUUGGUCUUCAAGGAGAGAACUCCCGACGGGCGGCUUUCUGUCGAGAGCGCCAUUUCUGUUAAGGAAAACGAGGACGUGGUCCUACAAUGUGUACCUGCGCCACUCUUAAAGGAUGUGGAAACGUACAUCAGUUGCCGGAGGCUGAUCUCUGAUGAGACUCCUCUCGAACACGAGCCCAGAAAUGACGUAGGCGGAAGUACAGCAGACUUCAGCAACAGUAAAGACAGCGUCGCCUUCGGGGAAUCCACUUCCGACCCAGCACACUCUGAAAUAACUAUCCGCGGCCGCAAGUUGUCUUCCAAAAACAUUUGCACGUGCUAUGCCAAGGCAAAGAGCAGUGGAUUUUGCUUUGAGCUCACUCGUUCUGUGGCUGUCAGUGUGAUAGGUUUGAGUGAUGUCAAAGAACUGCACAUGCUGACCAAGACACUGGUCAAGGAAAAUCCCACUCAAGGUGCAGACUACAAUAUGCGGUUGAUUGAACAAUCUGGGAGUGCAGACAACAAUAAAAACAAGUCCAUUUCUGACUCAAAAAUAGCCGUGAUAACCGUAGGUUGUGUGAUGUCGGUCGUGGUGACAAUGUUGCUGUCAUUAAUUAUUUUCUUUUACAAACGACGGAAAGCAAAGAAAUUCUGGCUCCAGCACAGACAUGAGGUUGUCUCGGCCAACAUUGAACACGGCCGAGGGGAGCAGACCAACAUCCCUGAAGUCAGACACCCAAGUCGUGAGGAAGAAUCCACAGUAAUUACAGACCACUUUUCACCUACCAGUCGUCUGCACAGGGUGGGCAUGUCAGGCGGUAUGAGUGGUCAUGUCUCAGCUCCACUACUGCAUGGUGACUCACACCACAAAGAAGCUACAUUGCGCAACAGUAAUGGCCACACUGGGGCUCCUGAUGAAAUAAUUACAACGGGUUUAAAGAAAGAGGUCACUCAUGAAGCAGAGGACGAAAGCCUUGGCUACCCCGAGGAAGCCGAUUUUAACCUGAUAGGAAUUAGCCUAUUAGGCUCAGUCCACAGAUAAGACUAUAAGUAUUUGGGUGUUACAAUAGACAACAAACUCAACUGGCGUGUCCACACUUCUCUCCUGCAUAAAAAAGUGAA